AAAUGAAUAUGGCAUUAUGCUAUUUAGGACCACACCACACCGGCCAAAAAAAUCUAAUAAAUAUUCACAUGGUCAAGCUUAAACUUGUUGGUUUUUCAACAAUCAUUGAAGACAUAUACAAGUUAAUAUUAAUAAGUGAUUCAAAGUUUGGCUUUUUUGGCUUUGUUCAUCAGAUAACAUGGAGCCACAGUUUGCAAUCAAGAAAGAUAUCACUCAAUUAGUAGGGAACACUCCAUUGGUGUAUUUAAACAACAUUACUGAAGGGUGUGUAGCACGUAUUGCUGCUAAGCUAGAAUACUUGCAAUCCUGCUGCAGUGUUAAAGAUAGGAUAGCAUUGAGCAUGAUUGAAGAUGCCGAAAAGAAAGGUCUCAUUACACCUGGAAAGACUGUUCUUGUUGAGCCAACAGGUGGUAACACCGGCAUAGGAUUGGCGUCGAUAGCAGCACUAAAAGGCUAUAAACUUUUACUUAUUAUGCCAUCUUAUGUGAGUCUUGAACGAAAAAUUAUACCACGAGCUUUCGGAGCCGAGGUAUAUCUUACCGACUCUGCUAAAGGAGCUGAUGGAGUUUUCGAGAAAACAGAUGAGAUACUAGCGAAGACACCAAACAGUUAUAUGCUCAAUCAAUUUGAAAAUCCUGCCAACCCAAAGAUUCAUUAUGAGACUACGGGUCCUGAGAUUUGGAGAGACUCUGGAGGGAGAAUUGAUAUUUUGGUUGCAGGGGUAGGAACUGGUGGAACAAUAACAGGUACUGGGAAGUUCCUCAAGGAGACAAACCCAAAAAUUAAGGUGUAUGGCGUCGAACCGACUGAAAGUGCAAUUCUGAAUGGAGGAAAGCCAGGCGAACAUCUAAUCCAAGGGAUCGGUUCUGGUAUUAUUGCCCCUGUCUUGGAAGUUGAUCUCCUAGAUGAAGUUAUUCAGAUUUCAAGUGAAGAAGCUGUAGAAACUGCUAGGUUGCUUGCCUUGAAAGAAGGUUUACUGAUGGGACUUUCAUCAGGAGCUGCAGCAGCAGCUGCAAUAAAAAUAGGAAAGAGACCAGAAAAUGCAGGAAAACUCAUUGUUGCUAUUUUUCCUAGUUUUGGAGAGCGUUACAUAUCUUCGCCACUUUUUGAAUCCAUCAGGCAUGAAGUUGAACAAAUGACAUUUGACUGAAGUGCAUACUCGUAAAUAGCUUAAAUAAAAGAAGUAAUCAUUCUCAUUCAAGCUCAUCCGUCACAAGCAUGGUCUAAAAUAAGUUGAAGAACGUUUUGAUUAACACUUUGUUGAAUGAUAACGUUUGGGCAUACAAUUCAAUAAGUGACCUUGUAGCUAUGAAUUUUGAAACCUUUACUUUUAAUUUAGUCAUAAAUUUAUUACAACUAUAUAUUGUAUAUAAAGAAUAUUUGGUAACAACAUGUGGUAUGAAUGGUAGAUAUUGUGUCUCUUAA